AUGAGAGUCUUCUCUUUCCUUAUCGCGGCCCUGACCUUUUUCUCUGGCGUCAUUGCCGUGGACAUCCAAAAGUCGGUCCUGAUCAGCUACCCCCCCGAGACCCCCGAUUCGGUUGUCGACAAUGCCAAGAAGGCCAUCAAGGAUGCCGGAGGAGUCAUUACCCAUGAGUACACUUUGAUCAAGGGCUUCGCGGCCAAGGUUGGAGAGAAAGUAUUGGAGACUGUUACCGCGUGGGGUGAGGAGUACAAGGUCUCGGUCGAGGAAGACGAGGAGGUGCACACCAUGGGCGGCAGCCACAUUGGAAUCUGACGAAGGCAAAAAAGGACAAAAAGAAUCAAGUAACGAUGGGUCAUGAGGGGCGCCCUGAAUGAGGGCUCCUUGUGCGACGAUGGACUACACUGAUUGGCGUUUAUCUGGAUGGUUGGGUGGUUGAAUAGACCUGCUGGGUCCUGUACACAAGGGUAGUGUUAUUGGUUAUUCGCGAAUUAGUUCUGAAUACGUUAUGCGUGUGGUGUGGUGUGGUGUUGAAGACGCAGCUGUGUGGCAUGCUUUGCUCACUUAGAGGAGCUCCUAGCACUCUUGACGAAGGUCUCCAUGACUACGAGUCCUGUUGGCAUGGAAACAAACUACCUAGUAAAACAGAUUGCCAACGCUCAGUUGGGAUCACCUGCGUCGGUGCCAUACCUACCAUUCCCGGCGUUGAAGUUCCUAGUCAACGUUAGAUCCACCAACAGCCUCGUGGUUCGGAUGUGGGUAACAACCACUACCAACACCUCAUGGCAAACAGAAAGCUCCUAUUUCCGGG